ACGAUGUCCCCAGCCAACAAGCCGGAGAAGACCUCCCUGGCAAAUAAAAUCCUCAAGCAGUUGCCCCUAGCCAGUAAGACUGCAGUUUGGGGGACUUUGGGGACCAUCCGGCCUCUCCUAAACUUCGAAGUGGAGCGAGACGUCGAGUCUCUCCUGGACGCCAUCGCUGGUGAAGCUGUGGACUACAGCACCAUCAUCCACCUGCUCACCAACAGGACCAACAGACAGAGACAGCAGAUUGCCAAAGGCUUCCAGGCCUUCACUCAACAGAACCUGCAGAAGACCCUGCAAGCGGCCGUGUCCGGGAACUUGGAGACAGCCGUGGUGGGACUGCUGAAGCCGGCAGCACAAUAUGACGCUCACGAGAUCAAAAUGGCCAUGAAGGGUCCAGACGGAGCCACGCUGGCUGAAAUCCUUUGCACUCGGACGACCCAGCAACUUCGGGAAAUCUUGGAUAUUUAUAAGCACGAUUUUAAAUCGGACCUAGAGGCGGACAUUGCGUUGGGAACCAGUGGCUGUUUUAAAGACCUCCUGCUCACUCUACUCAAGACCAGCCGAGAGAGAUACUCCGGGGUCAUUGACUACAUGCUGAUUGAGCAAGAUGCCAAGGCCCUUGUGACGGCAGGCAGUGGAGUCGGCGCCCUCAGACUGGACGAGAAGAAAUGGGUCCGGAUCCUCAGCCAGCGCAGCCCUGAACAUCUCAACAGAGUGUUCAGCUUGUACCACAAGAAGACGGGGCUCCAGAUAGAGGAGGCGGUGGCAAAGUUCUUCCAUGGCAACGCGCAAGAGGCUAUCUUGACACUGGUCUCCGUCCUGAGGAACGCCCCGCUCUAUUUUGCCAUCAGACUCCGCCAAGCGAUUAAGGGCCCGGUGGCCAGCCACAAAACUCUGAUUCGCAUCCUGAUUUCCCGUAGCGAGACCGACCUCCUCAGCGUGAGAGCGGAGUUCAGACAGCAGUACGGGAUUUCUCUCUAUUCGUUCAUCCAGACCGAAAUGCAAGGCAACUACCGGGCGCUCUUGCUGGGACUCUGCAAGGCGGAAGAUCUGUAA